AAAAUGUUGAGUUCGGAUAUUUGGAAAUCAUGGGAAAGAAAUGGAAAAUCUGAAUUUCUGAAACAAUGCAAAGCACUACUGAAGGACGACACCAGCCCUCUGUUCGCCAAGAACGACCGGAAGUCGGGAGUCUCGAGGGCCAUCUACGAACUAGUAUCACAUGGCGUCCGAGGUUACGUCAAAAAGGAAAGUGUUUUGGCGAUGCUCGGCGAGCUGGUCAAUCUGCAUCCGGACAUUCCCUCGAUACUGUUGGACAUUUUCGGCAUCCUGGAUGCUGAGACCGCCGUAAAUAGUGGAAUUAGUGGCGGUGAACGUACGGGCAGUGACGCUCCAAGCGAGGAGCGGACGGCGUUUUGCUACAUCGUAAAAGAGACGGAACGGUUUUUGUCGGAGAAACUGUUGAAAGAAAGACUGGAAAUUGACACCCUGCAGGAUGUGGGUACGAUAAAAAAUCGGAGCUUUUACACGAAGUUUAUCAAAGUGAAAACUAAACUCUACUAUAAGCAACGUCGUUUCAAUUUGUUCCGGGAAGAAAGUGAAGGCUACGCUAAACUUAUUACGGAGCUGAAUCAAGACUUUAACGAAUCCAUCACAGUGCAAGGCAUUCUGGAAAUAAUCAAAUCGCUGAUUGGUUGUUUCAAUCUAGAUCCAAAUCGUGUGCUCGAUAUCAUCCUGGAAUCGUUCGAAACCCGCCCUGAACAUGAUAAAAUUUUCAUUCCGUUACUUCAAGCGUACAUAAACGAUGGUAAUAUCAUUUGUGAAGUUCUUGGUUACAAAUAUCGACAUUUUGCCGAUAGUAAAGCUCCGGAGUCACUUUUUAAAGUGACAGCAUUGCUGUUGCAGCACAACGUUAUUGGAUUGGACGAUAUUUACGCCUGGCUGAGUCCUACGGACAAAUCGAUAGUUACCGAAUGGGAAUCAGAGGUCUCUGAAGCGAAGGAAUUUGUACGUAAGUUGAACGUCGUUUCCACCAACAAGGACAAAGAGCAGGAGCCCGAACCGGAACGAGAAAUGACUCCGGAAAAAUACUCCACCAAUCAAAAGUGGGGUCUUUGUGAGGCGCUUCUGCUCAUCGGAGACUGGAAUACGGCUCAGCUGCUGUUGAAAAAACUUCCGGAGCAAUCGGUCAUGGUCAAUGAACCGAUCGCCAGAGCCGUUUGCCGUUUACUGCAUAUGAUUAUCGAACCUGUCUAUCGCCUUAAAUGUGCACUGCCCUGCAACAUCAAAGGUCGUCCAAUCAGCAACGGCCUAAGCAAGUUGGCCCCAGCACCGGUGACUACGAUUUCCAAGCUUCGCAAUCACGCGUUUCCAAUGUUCGUCGCUUUGGGUCCGUCGUUACACUAUGAUUCGGUUCUAUUGUAUAAAUUGUUACGUUUAGUAAGAGUUAUACUUACUGAAAUGAAUGUGGAACCACUGAAUCCACCGGCUCCGGGUGCGGAAAAUGAGGCACUCUAUUAUGACAUACUUUCGCUGCUGGAUUCUGCCAUCUUGCCAGCGCUAUCGUACAUGGACUGCAACUGCUGCGUAUCGGAAGAGAUUUGGUCCAUCGUCAAACUGUACCCCUACCAGUAUCGAUACAGUUUGUACGCUCGCUGGAAGAAUGACACCUAUCUGCUGCAGCCGAAGUUGAUUCGCCGGCGGGGAAAUGCUCAGAAGCAAAUUAAGGCCUUGAUGAAGCGCGUCAGUAAAGAAAACAGCAAACCCGUGGGUAGACUGAUUGGCAAGCUGAGUCACUGCUCUCCCGGAUUCCUGUUUGAUUAUAUCUUGCUGCAAAUUCAAAUCUACGACAAUCUGAUCACUCCCGUGGUCGACUCACUCAAGUAUUUAACAUCCCUGUCGUACGACGUGCUCGGUUACUGCCUGAUCGAAUCGCUGGAACAGGUCGAUCGCAACCCGAUGCAGAACGACGGCACGUCCAUUUCGCUGUGGCUUCAAAGUUUAGCCAACUUCUGCGGGGCCAUCUACAAAAAGUACAACAUUGAACUGAGCGGACUGCUGCAGUACGUGGGCAAUCAGUUGAAGUCGCACAAAAGCUUGGAUUUGCUGAUUCUGAAGGAGGUGGUUCAAAAGAUGACCGGCAUUGAGGCGGCAGAGGAAAUGACGGCCGAACAGAUCAGUGCAAUGUGUGGCGGUGAGCUGCUGCGAGGGGAGGCCGGUUACUUCAGUCAAGUUCGCAACACGAAAAAAUCCUCCCAGCGUUUGAAGGACGCUCUGGCCAGCAACGAUUUGGCAGUGGCGCUGUGCUUGUUGAUUGCCCAACAGAAACACUGUGUCAUCUAUCGCGAGACGGCGUCCAGUCAUCUGAAGCUGGUGGGUAAACUGUACGACCAAUGCCAGGACACGCUCGUGCAGUUUGGAACAUUCCUCGGCUCGACCUACUCGGUGGAAGAGUACGUCGAACGUUUGCCCACCAUUCACAGUAUGCUGCAAGAGUAUCACAUUCACUCGGACGUAGCAUUCUUUCUGGCCCGUCCGAUGUUUUCACAUGCGAUCAAUCAAAAGUACGACCAACUUCGCAAGGCAGACCAGAACUCGAAAAAGCUGUCCACCUCACAGAAGAUGGCUAAAUAUUUGGAAGCAACAGCAUUCGUAAUGAAUCCGGUGAUCGAAUCCGUUCGACCUUUGCACCCGCCGAAAGUUUGGGAAGACAUCAGCCCUCAGUUCCUGGUAAGCUUCUGGUCGCUGAGUAUGUACGAUUUACAAGUACCCUCCGAGAGCUACCAGCGGGAAAUCAACAAACUGAAACAAUUGUCAAUAUCGGUGAUGGAUUCCAAGGACCAGAAUGCAUCGAAAAACAAAAAGGAACAGGAACGCCAUGCGGCCUUGAUGGACAAACUACAAGACGAACGCAAGAAACAGCAGGAACACGUAGACAAAAUUAUCCACCGACUGACUAGCGAAAAAGAUUCCUGGUUCUUGUCACGUUCUGCAAAAUCGGCAAAGAACGAAACCAUCACCCAAUUUCUGCAGCUGUGUCUGUUUCCGCGUUGUACUUUCACCGCACUGGAUGCGCUCUACUGUGCCAAAUUUGUGCAUACCAUCCACAGUCUGAAAACGGCCAAUUUCUCCACCCUGCUGUGCUACGACCGAAUAUUCUGUGACAUUACCUACUCGGUCACAUCCUGCACAGAGAAUGAAGCCACCCGUUACGGCCGGUUCCUGUGCGCUAUGCUCGAAACGGUAAUGCGCUGGCAUGCCGACCAGAGCACCUUCAAUCGGGAAUGUUCCAACUAUCCGGGUUUUGUCACAAAGUUCCGCGUUAGCAAUCAAUUCUCGGAGGCAAACGAUCACGUGAACUACGAAAACUAUCGCCACGUGUGCCACAAGUGGCACUACAAAAUCACCAAAGCGAUGGUUUUCUGUCUCGACUCGAAGGACUACAUGCAGAUUCGUAACUCGCUGAUCAUUCUGAUGCGAAUUCUGCCCCACUUUCCGGUGCUGGCAAAGUUGGCCCAAAUAAUAGAGAAAAAGGUCGAAAAAGUGCGCGAGGAGGAAAAGAACCAGCGGCAGGAUUUGUUCGUGCUGGCGUCCAGCUACAUCGGGCAGCUGAAGGCCAAGUCCGGUCAGAUGAUGCGCGAGAGCGACUUCCACCAGGUGUCCGAGAAACCGGUCAAAGCGGAACCGCCGGAAACGAAAGCCAUGAACGGAGAUAGUAAGUCUGAUCGCAAAGAUGGUAAAUCAGAGAAAAAGGUCAUCAUUUCGGUCAACUCAUCGUCCAGUCAGUCAUCGAAGCAGCUACAGCAAAACUCCGGGUCCUCGGUUUCCAACAGUGUGGGAAACAACGGCAGCAAUUCCGAUGUGAAAAUCAUCGAACGGGAAAGCAAAAAGGAAACUCCGGCGCGUGAAUCUCGCGAAACAUCCAUCAGCAGCUCGAAGGAAAAAUCCUCCAAGGAAAUCAAGCGAGAGGAGCGUGCCCGUGAGAAGGAACGCGAACGAGAGGAGGCAGCCGCCGAGCGUAAACGUGAAAAGGACAAGGAAAAACGACGAGAUAAAACUAAAGCCGCCUUAGCAGCAGCCGCCGCCCUGGAGUACGAAUUGCAGUUACACCAACAGCAGCAGCAACUACAGCAGCAGCAGCAGCAGCAACAGCACAGCAUGGAACGGGAGUCACGGGCCAGCGAGAGAGAACGGGAAAGGGAUCGUGGCGAACGGGAUCUCAGUUCAGUUUCCAACUCCAGCAACGAACAUCGUCGCAGUCAGGACCCACCGGAACAUGAAAGAGAAGUUAAACGUCGCAAACUGGAAAGUUCCAGCUCCAAGAGCAAACACGACGACCUCGGUGCCGGAAAUGUCCUGCAGUCAUCCUCCUCAUCGGAGUCCAAGAAGGAACGCAGCGGCAAGAGUAAGGAUAAGCGCGAUAAAACCGACGAAGAGAAGGAACUCCGCAAGGAGCGUAAACUCGGCCGCAAAAGGGACCGAGCAGAAGAGAUUAUGCUUGCUGAAAAGCGCCGCCGCGAGGAGGAAAAGGCAGCUAAAUUGCACAUGUCUAACGGCGAAGAUGAUCUGGCACCUUCUCAUCGCGACAAGCAUCAUCAUUUGCGGGAAAAAUCACCGUCCUACGGCAGCGGGCGCGACCAUCGCGAGCGUUCCCACGAUCGCAUCGAUCGAAGCGAGAAGCAGUAUCUCACGAAAUCUUCGCGCACAAGGUCUGGAUAUUGAACCCUGACUGAACCUGUCGCGGGGGAGGAGAAGGGGACCUGGAGCAUUUUCUCUUCCCACGAAAGAGACUUUGAUUUUGGAUGUAAUCAGAUAAGGAAACAGAACACGUUUCGAUUCUGCAGGGAACCAUUUUCGUUCUAUUUUCGCUCUAGCCGGUUAGACCGAAACAACUGAUUUCUGCUUUAAAGUUUUUUUUUUUCUCGAAACCCUUUGUGAGCCCCUUUCUUUGCAGUACAAAACAUUUUAGGACGAAACGUAGUUUUCUGUUUUUACUUUCUUCUACAAUUUAGCAUUAUUAAAUAAAAGAAAAUAUUAUUUCGCUGGAAUAAACAUAUUUUUAUUCCGGGGCUUUACUAAGUCAAGCAGCUCUGAGAUUGGGUAAGCCCCUGAUAGGUUAGUUUUAAUAAAAUACACAGAACUCGACGGGACAACGUCGAUCUUAAAAACCUAGUUUAGCAGAAUAUGACUAUAUGUAGCGAAACCUAUGUUGAAUCAUUCACCAACUUACAGGCCGAUUGUGUUUGAGCAUGUAGAUGUAAUUUCUUUUCUUAUUUUUGUAAGAAUCAAACACAAAGUAAAAAGUUAAUAACCA